CUAUUAUUAGCAGAAAAAGUGAAAUAGUAAAUUAGAAGAGGUUAUUUGAUCAAUUGAAACUAGAAUUUAUUUUCCAAGUUGGAUAAUCUCUUUAUUCAUGCACCCAAAAGUUAAGUUUAAACAAUACAACCAAAGGUUGAUUUACUUGAAAAGAAUUUAAUAAAGAAAGAAGCAAAUCUUUCUUUUUUUGAAGUGGGAUGUAAGAAAUUGGCUGCAUAGAGAAAAAAGGAAACUUUUUUAAUUACAUUAGCUAAUUCUAUCCCAUAAAAUAAUAAUACAAAAAUAGAGUCACAAACAAGAGUAUUAUAAGGAAGAAACUGAUUGCAAUAAUAGGCUUAAAGAUUUAAUUGCUCAAGAAGAAAGACCUUAAGAUGAUUUAGCUGAAUUAAGAAGGAUGAUUGCCUAAACUGAAUAAUACAUGGUCGAAUAUAUGGAUGACAUGUAUAGACAUUUUUUAUAGGCAUAAGGUAAAUAAAAAUGUAGUAAAAUAUAAAUAUGAAGCAAAAAAAUAGGAAUGGGG